GUGAUGAGGCAUAAAGCGCCGUAUAAACGAACUGUGAAUUGUGUUUUAGAAUCAAAGUAAAAAGAGACGUGGUGACUGUAGACUCGGAAUGCAUAUUAGGGGCUAUACUUGUUUUAUGAUUACUUUUCUCUGUACCGGUAUUACCGGGUACAGUAUUCCGCAAUCUGUUACUUCUCACAUAUCCUGCGAGCUGAGAGAACAAGUUGAAGUGCGCCAAGAAGGGACGCCGUUCAGGAUUUACGUGAGCCAGUCCCAUUAUACCCCAGGGGAAAGUUUGGAAGUUAUGGUCAAGGCUACUGGGGGCGCCUCUUUUACAGCAGUUGUCAUGGAGGCACAUUUACGUACCUGCGACUUCUCCGAACAUACAACCAUCGGCGCUUUUAAUGGUGACGAUGCCUUACGACUGUUAAAUUGUGAGGGGAUAGCUUCUCACGCGGUUUUCCUCACUAAAAAUGGAGCCCAGGAAAAGACGUUUAUUUGGACAGCUCCGAGAAAUAUUACCAGGUUAAUAGAAUUCAGUGCCAUGAUAUUGGAAACGAACGGAACGGAUCGGGAUUGGAGAACAGUGAAAUCAGCGGCCAUAGGAAAUAUAUCCAUGUAUGUAAAAGACGAACUGUGUCCUGAAACUCCUCUGUCGAACAGCAGUUCAAUGAACAUCGGGUCCCCAAUAUACAGUAUCGGUCUCUAUCCAAUCGUGACAUUCAUCUUGAUGCAUUUGUUGACAAACUGUCAGGCUAUGACGUCGUUGACGCACUUGCUAUGACAGUGACGUUAUAAUGGACGUGAUGGUGAAGUCUGGAUUUGUGAAACAUAUUGUUGUCUCCGUUUAGUCUGUGAGCAAGACUGUGAAUUGCCUGUCGUGUUUUCACCAGAUGUCUCGGGAAUUUAUUUAUUGUUAGUUUUCCAUUUCUCGAAAAAGGUGGAGAUGUGAAGUAAUUUUUUAUCAAACGUAGUUGAUUUCCAACUAAAAAGUGGGUUGGUAUUUUGUUUUUUGUUCAUAACUUGCACGGCUAGUAAUGUGUGUAUCCAUUGUCUUUUUUUUAUG